UUAGCGCGGCUUUACCAUUUUUUCGCAAAGUUUAUUCUUGAACAACCUAACGGUGUUCUUCUUCAUAGUUCUAGGUGUAUAGAUUUUAUGUUUAUUUUGACGGUCUGUGCAGAUUGUGAAAUUCCAGAAGGGUUGUUUAAUGACUGCACUUUUGUUCUUGCGACUUAUCAUUUCCCGAUGCUCUCCAGUGGAGUUCUUGCCGAAUCUUGUGGAAUACUUAUCAUUUUUUAGCCUGCAGCGAAGUAUCUGAAGAUUUCCGCUUAGGAUUCAUUCCUCGUUGCAACUUGCAAGAAUGGCUAGCUUCAGACCGAUUGAACGCAAACGACUGCCGCGUUUGAAGGGAGAACUCACAGCGGAGAACAAGUACUGGACGGACUUCAGCUUUCCCGUAACGAUCAAGGAAUACGGACCUAUUCAGAAUGUUAGUUUCUCCAAGAAGAAGCCUCAUCUGUGCGCCGUGACGAGUUCAGCGAAAGUCCAGAUUAUUGAUCCAGUAUCUCUGGAAUCAUCCAAGACAUUUUCCCGUUUUAAGGAGGCUGCGCGUGGUGCAGAAUUCCGUUCGGAUGGAAAACUCUUGUCUGUCGGUGGAGAGGAGGGAAUUGUGCGCGUUUUUGAUGUGGGCACGAAAUCUCUUCUGCGCGAGUUCAAAAAUCAUCGAAACCCCGUCCAUUGCACGCAGUUUACCUGCGAUAAUACUCAUCUCGUGUCAUUCGGCGACGAUCGUAGCGCACGAUAUUUCGAUAUCCCUGCCCAGAUGCAAGUGCGCUCCUUCAAAGACCAUGGCGAUUAUGUGAGAGCGGGCGAUACGAGCGCUAGCAGUCCAGAUAUGAUGGUCUCAGGUUGUUAUGAUCACAAAGCGCGGCUUUUCGAUCUGCGAGAGAAAUCGCCGGUGGUGGAAGUCAACCACGGAGCGCCCGUAGAAACCGUGCUUAUGUUUCCCAACGGAAAUGUUUUUCUAACCGCCGGUGGAACGACGAUAAAAGUUUGGGAUGUGGUAUCGCCGGCGUCUCCGUUAGCCAGUCUAAGCUAUCAUCAUAAGACCAUCACCGAUCUGUGUUUUGCCAGUAAUUACAGCCGAUUUCUCUCUUCCUCCAUUGACCGGCAUGUAAAAGUGUACGAUGUGGCAACGUACCAAAUGGUGCAUUCCUUCGAUUUCCCAGCGCAAGUGUUGAGUGUUGGCGUUUCGAUGGACGAUGAAUUGAUGUGUGUGGGCAUGGCGGAUGGCGUGAUUUCCAUGCAUAAACGGAAACCGCCAGUGGAUGAGGAAGCGCAGGAGAUGCGACGACUGGAAAAGCGGCCUUUUGGACGGUAUUUGAUGAGGGAGAAAACGUAUCAGCCCGACGAGGAUGCCAUUGUGGUACGAGAGCAGUCGCGGCCGCACUUGGCGCGCCAUGACAAAUACCUGAAAACAUUCCAGUUUUCCAAAGCUUUGAGCCGCGUUAUGAAACAAUUUAUUUGGGGACCGAUGCCGGAUGUCACUGUUUCGGUUAUUCAAGAAAUAGACAGACGAGGCGGAUUACCUGCUGCCGUCGGCGGUCGGACUGAUCUGGAACUGGUUGAUAUUCUGUGGUUUGUGUGCACUUAUAUCACCGAUCCUCGAUUUUCCCAGGUGGUGUUGGGAUUGGCGGAUUUAUUAUGGAAAGUCUACCCGUGCAUGUAUGGACGACUCAACCGCCUGGAUGAACUCAUCAGUAAAUUCCAAGAUGUUCUGCAGCGCGAAGUGGACAGUCAAGUCCAGUUAAAGUUGAUUAUGGGAAGAAUGGACGUUUUAAUUAAUGCGUCUAAUUUUAAUAAUUUCGCUAUGGAUUUUCAGAGUGAUAGUGAUUUGGAUGAUAAUGCUGAUGUGCCGACAAAUGUACCUAGCGCAAACGUUGUGAAAUAAAUGUUUGCUUUUGUUUAUAAGCGCAAGCUUGUUACAAAAUUAGGGGUGCGAAGUAGAAAAAAAUGUCGUUAGUGGUUCAUACUCGGAAAGUUAGCCCUUCCGGCUUACACUAAUGCUGUUUUUUACUCGCUGCCAGGUGUUUGAUCUCUCCUGCUCUGCCAAUUAUUUCUUAUGCCGCUGGUUUUUUAAAAUUACUAUUUUAACGUUCUCAAUCAUCAGAUGAUUUUUUACUGCUUGCACAAU